UGAGCUCUUUGAGGCUCAGAACCAUGCUCAGACCAGCUACUCCCUCUAUUACUCUGUGUUCUCCAAGGAUUUCAAUCUUGGCUUCGGUCACCCAGCUACAGAUGCAUGCUCUGAUUGUGUCAAGUACAAGAUCACGAUUACAGAUCCAAACCUAACUGAGACAGAGAAGAAGAUGGAAUCUGCAUCAUUCAUCUUGCAUCGUCGCAGAGCUCGCAUGUUUUAUGACCUGUUAGGCAGGGUUGCUGAAGGUCAUGUGACCCUCAGUUUUGAUAUGAUGCAAAACAUGGUCCUUCCAAAAACCCCAAUAGGACAGGCCUAUUACUCACGGCAGAUGUAUCUGUACCUGUUUGGUGUUGUUGUACAUCAUGGUGAGAACAGCCAACAGGAAAAAGAUGAUGUCCAUCUCUAUGUGUGGCAGGAGAAUGAGAAUAGCAAAGACAGCAAUAUGAUUGCUUCUGCACUGAGUGACUGCCUCAAGGUUCGACUUCAGGACAAAGUCAGCAGAUCCAGGGGACUUCGGCUAUUCAGUGACUCUUGUUUUGGGCAAAACAAAAACAUGAACAUGGUGUCCAUGCUCAUGGAAUUUCGUCAGCUUUUUCCUAACCUUGGCAUAGAGCAUACCUUUCCAGUAAGGGGCCACAGUUUUCUCCCAGCAGACCGAGUCUUUGGCAGAAUUGAGCAGAAGAUCAGGAAAAUUGACACAAUUCUGCUACCACAGGAAUACCAUGCCAUCCUGCAGCAAUUCGGCCAUGUUCACAUUUAUGGCACAGACUGGGAGGCAUUUGAUUAUAGGUCAGCCUCAAAAGAGUGCGUUAAGGCUCAGAAGAGCUUUAAAAUCAGUGAAGCACGCAUGCUUGACUUGAGUACCAACAAGGUUGGUUUGAAGACUACUUACAAUGGGGAGUAUUGUUUUCAUAGUGUAUUAAAGCGGGGCAAGCGGUGGGCUGACCUUAAACCUGAGUUACUUCCAAAGCGAACCUCUGUGAAGGCAGCAAAGAAGCGCGAUGUGCUGGCACUAUUAGGAGCAGUAGGUGUGUCUGAUGUAGUGAGGGCUUUUUAUGAUGAUGCACUGUAUCAUGUGACUGACAACGCAGGCCAUAGUGAUGAAGAUGCAGAGUGAUCUAUACUCACUCACUCACUCUCACUCACUAACUCUCUGUCAUACACACACUCUCUCUCUCUCUCUCUGUCCUCUCACACACUCAAAGCACAUUUCACACACUAUGUGGUUAGUUUUAUGUAUAGCGGACAAUGGUCCUUCUGUUUACGAGUUUGACACUUUACUGAAUACCAAUGUAUUAUUGAAUGACUUGCCUAUGAAUAUUGUUAUCAUUAUUAGUUAGUUUUUCAUGCAUAUAUAGUGGACAAAUUGUUCUACUUGUUACAGGUUUGACACUUUACAAAAAAAAAGGCUUUGAAUGUAUUUCUAAAUUACUUGCCUAUUGAGGAUUGUUAUCAUUACUAUCAUUACUUUUUACAGGUUCGGCACUGAAUGACUAUUAAAAUGUGUUACUAAAUUAUUUGAAUGUAAUGUUAACAUUGUUGUAGGUUUAUUUAAUUGGUAGUAUAUGUAUGCGUGUUAUUUUUAAAUUAUUUGUUUUAUGUGGUGGACAAAUAUUUAUUUUAUUUAAAUUUUAUUAUUUAUUUGGCUGCUAUUUAUUUCAUGAAUUUGCUUUUAUUUUAUUUAUAUUAAUUUAUAGUAUGAGUCCCUGUUGUCAUAUGUUGUGUGUUCUUUUGUUGUUGUUGUUGUUUUUUUAUAAAAAAGACAUAAAACCAACAAUUAAAAAAAAAUGGAUUUGUAGCAUUUUGGAAAAAAAAUAUGGAUUUGUAGCGUUUUGAGAAAAAAUAAAUAAACUUUGAAUUUGUAAUCAAAAAUAUUGUUGUUUCAUUUAGCAAUCUUUUUUUAACAUGUUCAGACUGAG